CAACUCACUUCCGGUUCAGCUGCAAAAAGUUGUGUAGAUCUGAAAGUUUAGCUCCGCGUCAGGUGAGUUCGUCGCUGAAGGACCAAAGUGAAGUUGAAGAGAAGCUGAAAGUUUUGAGGAGAACUCAUCUUUGUUCGAAGAGGAGCCAUGUCGACCGGAGCCUACAGCGAGCAGGGAGGAGCGGCGGAGGCUGCGGUGGAAGCGGGGCAGGAGAACACCCCCACCUCCUCCAGCUCCGGAGCCGCCUUCGGCCUCUUCAGCUCCGACUUUAAGAAGAACGAAGACCUGAAGGAGAUGCUGGAGAGCAACAAGGAGUCCCUGAAGCUGGAGGCCAUGAAGAGGAUGGUCCAGCUCAUUUCCAAAGGAAGGAACGCGUCCGACUUGUUUCCUGCUGUUGUGAAGAACGUGGCGAGUAAGAACAUCGAGCUGAAGAAGCUCGUGUACGUGUACCUGGUGAGGUACGCCGAGGAGCAGCAGGACCUGGCUCUGCUCUCCAUCAGCACCUUCCAACGGGCCCUGAAGGAUCCAAACCAGUUCAUCCGAGCGAGCGCUCUGCGGGUUCUGUCCAGCAUCCGUGUCCCCAUCAUCGUUCCCAUAAUGAUGCUGGCCAUCAAAGAGGCCGCGGCCGACCUGUCGCCGUACGUCAGGAAGACGUCUGCGCACGCCAUCCAGAAGCUGCACAGCCUGGAUCCAGACCAGAAGGAGCAGCUGAUCGAGGUGAUCGAGAAGCUGCUGAAAGACAAAAGCACGCUGGUGGCCGGCAGCGUGGUCAUGGCCUUCGAGGAGGUGUGCCCAGAGCGCAUCGACCUGAUCCACAAGAACUACAGGAAGCUGUGCAACCUGCUGGUGGACGUGGAGGAGUGGGGCCAGGUGGUCAUCAUCAACAUGCUGACGAGAUACGCCAGGACGCAGUUCACCACGCCCUGGAAGGAGGAGGACGCUGCGCUGGACGAGAACAACGAGAAGGCCUUCUACGACUCUGACUCUGAGGAGAGGACGGAGCAGACCCAAGCAAAGCCGUACAUCAUGGAUCCAGACCACAGACUGCUGCUGAGGAACACCAAACCUCUGCUGCAGAGCAGGAACACCGCAGUUGUGAUGGCCGUCGCUCAGCUUUACUGGCAUCUGGCUCCUAAACAUGAAGUGAGCACCGUCACCAAGUCCCUGGUUCGCCUGCUGAGAAGCCACAGCGAGGUUCAGUUUGUUGUGCUCCAGAACAUAGCCACCAUGUCCAUCCAGAGGAAGGGAAUGUUUGAGCCGUACCUGAAGAGCUUCUAUAUUAGAUCAACCGACGCCACACACAUCAAAACACUGAAGUUGGAGAUCCUGACCAGUCUGGCCACUGAAGCCAACAUCUCCACCAUCCUGAGGGAGUUUCAGACCUACGUGAAGAGCCAGGACAAGGCGUUUGCUGCUGCUACCAUUCAGGCCAUCGGCAGGUGUGCCACCAACAUCUCCGAGGUCACAGACACCUGUCUGAACGGCCUGGUCCUGCUGCUGUCCAACAGAGAUGAGACCGUUGUGGCUGAAAGCGUGGUGGUCAUCAAGAAGCUGCUGCAGACGCAGCCCACUCAGCACAGUGACAUCAUCAGACACAUGGCCAAGCUCUUCGACAACAUCACCGUUCCCAUGGCUCGAGCCAGCAUCCUGUGGCUGAUGGGGGAGUACUGUGAGAGGGUGCCCAAGAUCGCUCCCGAUUUACUCCGAAAGAUGGCCAAGACUUUCACUGCAGAAGAGGACAUCGUCAAGCUUCAGACGGUCAACCUGGCAGCCAAACUCUACCUCACCAACUCCAAACAGACCAAGCUCUUGACACAGUACAUUCUGAACCUGGGAAAAUACGACCAGAACUACGACAUCAGAGACCGGACGCGCUUCAUACGACAGCUGAUUGUGCCCAAUGAGAAGAGCGGCGCACUCAGCAAGUACGCCCGACGCAUCUUACUGGCCGCUAAACCUGCUCCGGUUCUCGAGUCUGUUUUCAAAGACCGGGACCGUUUCCAGCUGGGAACCCUGUCCCACAGUCUCAACGUUAAAGCUGCUGGGUACCAGGAGCUGUCCGACUGGCCCGCCGUCGCUCCCGACCCGACUGUGAGGAACGUGGAGGUCAUUGAACCGAGUCGAGCAGUGAGAGUGAGGCGGAGAGUGAUGAAGACUCUGAGAAGAGCUCCAGUGAUUCUGGGAAGAGCUCCAGCGAGUCUGAAGCAGAGCAGAAAAAGAAGAAAGGCAAACCAACUGAUGCUGACAGUGACUCGGGGGCCAAAGCUAGCAGCUCGUCCGCUGACAGCUCCUCAGACUCGGAGUCAGACUCGGAGAAUGACUCGGACUCCCCAGCUCCGCAGAGGACCAGUUUGAAGGCCAAACCCAAGGUGGAGGUGAAGUCCAAACCUGAGGUGUCUUUGUUGGACCUGGAUGAUUUUUCUCCUGUGCCUUCGAACGCACCGCAGCCUCCAGUCAUCUCUUCAAGUCUCCUGUCUGACCUCGAAGGCCUUUCUCUGUCCAACGUGUCGUCCACCUUGCAGAUCACGUCUUCAUGUUUCGGGCCGGUGAAAACCUACGAGCUGCUUCAUCACAUGACAGGAAAAGGACUGUCGGCCAAGUACCAUUUCCCCCGGCAGCCAUGUUUGUUCCAGCCAGGCAUGGUCGCAGUGCAGCUCGUUCUGACCAACCACUCGGACCACAGCCUGCAGGAGAUCCAUGUCGGAGACCGGAGCCCAGCGAGCCUCAACGUCCACUGCUUUAACACCGUCGAGCGGUUGGAGCCGGGGGCCUCGGUGACCGUGUCCAUGGGGAUCGACUUCAGCGACUCAACACAAGCAGCAAACUUCCAGCUAUGCACAAAGGAGGACCGGUUCAGUGUGUCUCUUCAGCCCGCUGUAGGAGAGCUGCUCAUGCCCAGUACCAUGACACAACCAGAUUUCUGCAAGGAGCAAA